GUAAAAAUGCCUCUAAACCCGUUCAGAAAGUCAUCGGGGGAAAAGCUACCUUUACCUACUAGCGUUCAGAAAGCCUUGAGGAAUUACCCAGGGCAUUCCUCAACGUACCCUGCUCGCGACUGAGGUAGAGUUUACCUGUCAUGCGCAGAAACGCACUUUUGCGUAUUACACGUGUAUUACACGAGGUCACGAGAAAGAAUAUAAGAAGUUCGAAAACAUGUCUGCGAUAAAAUGUGGAUCACAAUCCCAAACUUUGUACGAAGUUGUAGAAGGCGCCGGUGGAGUUCCAAUUUUUGAUCCAGAGAUGUCAAAAGUAUUAUUACGCGACAAAAUAAGUGAGUUAACAAAAUAUAUAUUAGAGGUUUGGUGUAUCUACAUUGCCCUUUGUCGUAUCUCAAUAGACAUGGGCUAGACGAAUUCUGUUUUCAAACACGCUUUUUUAUGCUUAAUAUCUACUUCCUUGCUUUAUGGAAAUUCGAAGUUAAUUGUUAAAAUGUUUACAAUUAAUACAACAAGUAAUAUAACCCUUUUAAACGAUAUUUUUACAGCAGGUAAAAUUGAUUUUGUCUCUUUGACUGAGAACAUCAUUGAAACUUGUCUGCAACCGUAUGGAUAUGAAAUUAUGUUACCCGAAAAAGAUAUUGAUGUCGCGAUAACAAGUUCAUCACGAGAUGACAAUAAGUCCGAAGUCACACAUAUAAAUCUCAGUGAUGCAGCCAAUUCGUCUCGCUGUACGACAUUCACUUCUAACUUACAAUUAGAGAAAACUGAUGAGAAUACGAAACCGAGAGUCUUAGAAGAAAGUAAUGGAAGAACUCCGGAUAAAGGAAUGAAAAGCUUGUGGACGGAUAAAAGUAGAGCAAUGCUCCUAUACUUGUACAAGAAAUACAAAGAUGAUUUUAAUUCCAAUUGCAUAAAAAAGGACGAUAUCUGGGCUAAAAUUGCCUGCGAUAUGAAACACGAAGGCUAUAAUUUUGUCGCAGCACAAUGCAAAGAAAAAAUGAAAUAUAUGAAGAAGAAGUACUUUAAAAAAAUAGACAAUAUGGGUCCCAAAAGUACUGGUGCAGCACCAGUAAAAUGUGAAAACUUCGAGGAACUUGACGAACUGUUUGGAAAUAAGCCCAAUGUUACUCCUGUUGCUAUAGCAAGCUCAUCACGAGAUGACAAUAAAUCCGAAGUCACACAGAUAAAUCUUAGUGAUGCGGAAGAUAAUAAAAAAAAAGGGCGAAAAAGAGCGAAUGCAAUGACUCUGAGCGACCUGAAAGUGAUGCUUGAAGAAAGAGAAGAAACGAGAAGAAGGCUAGGCAUGAAGAAAAAAAGAAAAUUCUUCAAUCAAGUAUCGAUUCUUAUGAAAGCAUGAUGGACAAAUUGCUCAAAAAGCUGUAAAGCUGUGAGAUAUUGUUUAAUUUUGUU